CUAAUAGGCUGAUCUCAACUGGUUACUGAAAGAGCUGAAAGAGGAGAAAAGUUUUUCUUUUUUUCACUUGGUUAGAAAAGUUUUUUAAAUUGAACAACACUCCAACUUGAAUUUUGCUACUGUAAUGUUUUGCGUAUUUAUUUAUCGUGUGCUAUUUAUUUUUGAUUAACUGUGAACCUAAUUUAUUGCAUUAAUCUGGAUCUAUGACCAAACUUUAAGAUGUUGAUCUUCAAUAUGAUUUAUCCAAAGAUUUUUUCGAUGUUCCUUCCAAUUUUCACUGUGAUCAUCUUUUCUGUUGACAAAGGACUAGCUCAAAAUCCAACUUAUACAAUUUUAGCGCCUGAAAAGAUUCGCCCAAAUUCUGAUUAUUUUGUUUCUGUGUCAACCCAUCAUGUAUAUAAUCCUGUGAAUGUUACUUUAACCAUCUCUGGAUAUGACAACUCAACUAAAAGCUUCAACGAAAUUAGUCAGACAAUCGAGUUGUCUGGUGAAAUGACUAGACUGGCUCGUUUCGGUGUUGGUCCUUGGGGUAUCGGUAAUUAUAAGCUGACAACAAUUGGUACCGGCGGAUUAACUUUUACCAAUGAAACAAAACUUGUUUAUGAUGGGAAAAGUUUCUCGGUGUUUAUUCAAACUGACAAAGCCAUCUAUAAACCCGGACAAAAGGUUCUUUUCCGAGCUAUUAUUGUUCGUCCUAAUCUGGCGCUUGCUGAUACUGGUGCAAAUUACGUCUACAUCGAAGAUGCUAAGAGUAAUCGUAUUAAACAAUGGGAUCGUGUUUUUACAACACACGGUGUGCUCUCAUUUGACUUCCAACUUUCAGAAAAUCCGGUUUUAGGAGAUUGGACCAUCAACGUUGAAAUUGAUCGGAAAAUAUUUAAGAAAACUUUCACCGUUGCUGAAUAUGUACUACCUACUUUCAGUGUUGAUGUUACUCUACCCAAUUAUGUGACUUACAACAAAUCCGACCUCAUUGCAAAUGUUAAGGCAACUUAUACCUAUGGUAAACCAGUUACUGGUGAGGUUACUCUCACUGUCCAACCAAGAAUUAGAUAUGGUUCACUGACCACUCGACCCUUGGAGCAAUAUCAAGUUAAAGCCAAAUUAGAUGGUUCAGUAGAUAUUCCUGUUGACGUGGUCAGAGAUGUUAAAUUGAGAAAAGAUUUUUAUGACCGAGAGAUUGAAUUUUUCGCCUUAGUUGAAGAAAGCUUGACUGGACGUAAAUACAAUAAAACAGCUAUCCUCAAGGUUUAUGAUAAAGACAUUAAUAUUGAAUUGAUUAAAACUGCUCCCUACUACAAGCCAGGUUUAAAGGUAAUUUGUUACCUUAAAGUUGCAUACCGAGAUGAUACACCAGUCGAAGACAAUGGACCACCAGUCAAAAUAAUGUAUGGUUAUGGAUAUGACGAAGAUGCUUAUAACAGUAUUAUUGAAGAGGUGCCCAAUAAGGGUAUCAUCAAAUUUGAGUUUACUGCAGUUAACAAUUCACAUUCCGUAAUUGGAAUGAAGGCUGAAUAUAAGGGUCAAGUUUACAACUUAAAUAGUUUUGAAAUGUCCCUCUCACCUAGUUCAAAUUACAUUCAAGUGGCCAUCCCGGACGGAUAUCAAGCAAAGAUUGAUGAAACUCUGCGCCUAAGUGUAACCACCACUGAACCAAUUGAAUCAUUUGUCGCCAUUGUUGUGAGUAAAGGUAAAAUUGUUUCAACUGAAACAUUUUACUUUAAAUCUGGUAAACAGCAUGUUGCAUCACUAUCAAUUACUCACUCUAUGGCCCCUAAAGCCCGUAUAAUAGUUUACUACGUGAGAACCGCCAAUUCAGAGAUAGUUGCCGAUUCUGUGGCCAUAGACGUUGGUGGAAUUUUCAGAACCAAUGUUGAAGUAUCAGCAUCAACCGAAAAGGCCAAGCCUGGUGAAAAGGUUGACAUUAAAGUGAAAACAAAUUCCAAUGCUUAUGUCGCAGUUUUAGGCCUUGAUGAGAGUGUCCUUCUUCUUAAAAGUGGAAAUGAUAUUACUCGUGAUGAUGUCACCAAUGAAUUAGCAACUUACGAUUCUAAUUAUUACAACCCAAACUCGGAUGAUUCAUUUUCUUACUUCAAUAGAAAUUACUUCAACUCACUUUCUGCAGCAGCAAACAUUUUUCACAAUGCAGGACUAAUUAUCCUUUCCAACGGAAUUGUCUUUGACCAUUCUAUUCAACGCUAUGGAUUUUCAAUACCCGGUUUGGCUCCUUCACCCGUAAGUGGUAAAAGUAUCGUUCUUGAUGAUAAAUUACUUGAUUAUCGUCCUCGAUUGGCCAAAAUAGUUUUACCGGACGCCACUGAAUCCAGGAUAGUAUUGAGAAAAAAUUUCCCCGAAACUUGGUUAUGGGAUCACACAUAUUCUCGAUCUGAUGGUCUAGCUACCUUUAGUAGUAACAUUCCGGACACAAUAACAUCUUGGAGCGUUACAGCUUUUGCAGUUGAUAAACGGACAGGAUUGGGAGUUGUCGAGAAACCUACAAAGGUUACAGUCUUUAGACCAUUCUUUGUGAAACUGAAUCUUCCUUAUUCUAUCAUUCGUGGGGAAACUGUUGCCAUCCAAGUUUUAGUAUUUAAUUACUUUACUAAACCCAGGGAAGCUCAAGUUGUCCUACACAACGACAACAAGGAAUUUAAUUUCACUGUUGCCAGUAAUGAAGUGGAUACUUAUUUGAAUGAUGCCACUCGAAGUCAAUUUGUCCAAGUUGCUGCUGAAAGUGCUGCUUCCGUUACUUUCCUCAUUUCAACCAAUCGAGUUGGCUCAAUUAACUUGAAAGUUACUGCUCUCACUGAUAAUGCUGGCGAUACAGUUAUUAAACAAUUAUUAGUAAAACCUGAAGGUAAAACACAAUACCUCAACAGAGCCGUUUUAUUGGACUUUUCAAAAGCUGGUGGAUCCUCUAGCAAUCAUUUAGUUCCUCUUUGGAUACCAAAUAAUGCGGUCCCUGGGUCAAAGGGGCUAUCAGUAUCUGUUAUUGGUGAUGUAUUGGGCACUAGUCUUAACAAUUUAGACGAUCUAUUGAAGAUUCCUUAUGGAUGUGGUGAGCAAAAUAUGCUCAACUUGGUUCCGAACAUUGUGGUUCUUCAAUACCUCAAAACGGCCGGUAGAUUGACUCUUGACAUUCAAUCAAAAGCACUUCAUCAUAUGGAGCUUGGUUAUCAAAGAGAGUUGACUUAUAAAAGAUCAGAUGGGUCUUUCAGUGCUUUUGGUGAAAGCGAUAAAAAUGGAUCUACUUGGCUAACAGCUUUUGUUUUAAAGUCUUUUUACCAAGCUAAAGAGUAUAUUACCAUUGAUGACAAAGUUUUGGCAGAAGCGACAGACUUUUUACUUAAACAGCAAAAAUCUGAUGGAAGUUUCCCUGAACAUGGUGAGAUACAUCACAAACCAAUGCAAGGAGGGGCUGCUGGUAGUCAGGGUGCUUUGUCCGCCUACGUUACGAUUGCUUUGCUUCAAAAUAAUUAUUUCAAGCAACAAUAUCCAAAACAUUUCGAUCGAUCAGAGAAAUACUUGUAUGAACAAUUGAGAGAGGCCAAAACAUCAUACGAAACAAACAUUAUUGCUUACGCUUUACAUCUCAUGAAAUCUGCUACUAUUGAACCAGCAUUGGCCAAAUCAUUGAUCAAGAUGAAACAAGAUGGAGAUGUUAGCUAUUGGUCAGAUGAAGAUGAAACGGAAAAAACAAAUUUCACAAACAAACAAUCGAGUCACUUUUUCUUACCCAAGUCAACUGAUAUUGAGGCUACAGCUUAUGGACUUUUAAGUCUGGUUAAUCAUAAUCAAACGGAUCAAGCUGUUACUGUCAUGAAAUGGCUUAUCUCGCGACAAAAUGCUCAAGGUGGUUUCUCGUCAACACAAGACACUGUUAUUGCUUUACAAGCUUUAUCUUCAAUUGCUAGUCAUUUAACCAGCUCAACUCAAAAUAUUGAUGUAACUUUUAAAUUUGGUAAUGUUACGGAGAAACAAACAAGUCGUACUUUCCAAAUUCGUGAUAAUAACGCUCAGGUGUUGCAAAAAUUUGAAAUGACUGAUGCCAGAGGAGAAACAAUUCCAGAUCAUGUUGAGAUCGUGACUCAAGGAACUGGUGUUGCUGUUGUUCAAGUUUCAUGGAGAUAUAAUCUUGCUGUUUCAGCUGAAGAACCGGCUUUCUUUUUGAAUCCAAUUUUAGGAAAGGCUUCAACGGACAACUUUCUUCAACUCAAUCUAUGCACAUAUUAUAAAGCUGGUCUUGCUACAAAUAUGGCCGUUAUGGAAGUUGAGUUACCUUCAGGUUAUUCAGCCGAUGUGGAUGCCUUACAAAGCAUUAAAAGUCAAGGUAACGGAAUUAAAAGGAUAGAGAGUCACAAUGGUGAUACAAAUGUUGUCAUUUAUUUUGAUAGGCUUACCCGUGAAGAACUGUGUCUCACUGUUCCUGCUCACCGAACACAAAAAGUUGCCAACAAUAAGCCUGUUCCCGUUACCUUAUACGAUUAUUAUAAUCGCCAUGAAUCAGCUCGAAUCAUGUAUGAGCCCAAGAUGACAACAACUUGUUCCAUUUGUUCAAGCUCAGAUUGUCAAUGUAAUAAUGAAGGAGAAAAUGCAAUCAAAGAAGCCAGUUUUGAUGGUAGCUCAGGAUUUAUAGCAUCAACUAAUUUGGCAAUUGUUCUGUUACUUCAAUUGAUUUCUUUUGUUUGCAUCAUCUAAUAACUAAAUUAAUGACAUUAGUUACAAAAAGAAAAAUUGGAAACAAGUAAUAAUAUUAAAAUAAUAAUAUGAAUGGAGUCAAGCAGUUUGGUACAAACAAACAGGAUCCAAAUAAUGAUCAACUGUCACAACAACAAAACAGAACACUUUCUUUCUCAUUUUUUUUCUUCAUUGCUAUGUCUCAUCAUGUUCAUUUCAUCUUUGUCAUUAUGAUUGCUGUUAUUAAUCUCGAUUGUUACUACUUUUGGUAUCCGUAUCAUUGACUGUUGAUAAAUUGAUGCAAAAUGUUGCUUUACAAUUAUCAAAACAAAACUUGACAAUAAGAAAUCUCUUUAAGAAAACAUUUCUUUCUUCGAUUAUUAUAAAUUAUUGUGCCGUAUAAUAUAUCCUUGUCGCUGUUGUUGAAGCAAAUCAAUGACAAACAAUUUGUGCCCACCGAGUGUUGCUCUUCUUUCAUCUCCCUUCAUCAAUCGACGUACAGUUACCGUUUUCUGGAUAAUUUAACCACUUGAAUUGCAGAUUAGCCAAAUUCGGGAAUCUCCAAGGACAAUAACGAUCAAUGUUCAUCUGGCUUGAUUUGACUUUCAAAAUAUGCAAGCUUAUAAAGUCACAAACGCCCUGUUAUCGUCCUUCAUCUUUUUCUGCUUCUGUUGCUAAUACUAAUAAUGAUGCUGAUGAAAACUCUUCAUACAUAUUUUUUGUUUAAUCACUCACGCCAACUCCGUAAAAAUUGAAACAAUAUAAGAAAUCUACAAUAAUUGGGAGCAAGUCAACCAUUUAUUAUUAAUUAUAUCAUUUCGAAUCUUGUAAAGGUUCUUUUUUGUUGAUGCUCUCAUUUAUUCAACAAAACAACUUUUUUUCAUCUAAAUGUUUCAUCUAUUAAAAUGACAGUUUCAUUUCUUGGACCUCGUUGAAAUUGUUUGUAUUAAACAACUAUCAUCAUCCAAUUUGGAUCAUCGUGAACAGCACCAUCAAUUAUUUUCAACAUUGCUGAUGCAAACAUAGAUAUAUAACCUGGAACCAGUGUAAAAAAUGAGUGUAUAAAGGAGUUGAUGCUAAUUUAAAGAAAAAGUAUUUGGAAUGAGAAUCAAAUGAUGGGAGUAAAGAAACUAAAAACAAAAUUUAUGUGCCUUAGCAAAAGCAUAACACAAACUAAUCAAAUUUUCAUUUCAUCUUGCAUCUUUUUCGCCUCAAAUUUCCACUAAUCUCAUCAGUAUCUCAAACUUGUAUCUGCACUGAAAAUUAACAAAUAUACAACGAAGUAAACUUUGUAAAAGUUAAUCUUGACUUUCUUCAAUUUAUCCGACACAAAACCAGUUAAACUAAAACUGUUUGGAAAUUUUAUUGUGAUUUAAAAAUCAGUAAUUGUUUAUAAUAUCAAUUGUUAUAAAAACCAUUUUUUGUCAUCAAAAAUAUUUGUUUACACAUUAAAAUAAGAACUAAAUUAAA